AUGGGGUCUCACAAUUUUUCUGAAAAUUAUUUGCUGUUGCGACCAGAAGAAGUGAGUCUCUGGCAUCUCUUUGGCUUCUUACUCAACCAUGACUUAGCACAAAAAGCAUUUGUAGAGUACCCGACUGGGAAGGAAGAAAAUCUCCAACGUAGAGGGCUUAUAUUCAUCUCUCUCUUUGGGCAGAAAGUUCUACAACACUUGGCAAAACCCAUAGCGUGCUUUGGAUCAGCUUUCGAAAUGUGGAUGAACCUAUUGUCAUGUAACGGAAACUUCUUCGGGCUCUUGCUUCAUGCUUUACAAAAUAAGGUAAUAGUUCCUGAAAGAACAUCGGAAAUGUUUCUGUCAUCUGUUGGACAUCUAGAUAAGCGAAAGCAGCUGGACAACAAAAUCAGUCAUGGAGAUAGAAGAUAUUACGCGAUGCUAUGUGCAAUGGCUUCUAAAUUAUCAUACGAGAACAGAGCCGUAGUUGAAACAACAGUCCAAAAUUGCUGGAAGAUGGAAUUAUUGGGAUACUACAACUUUUGGAAUGAUUUCCAAAGAAAAUUUACUACACAAGGGUUCAUAUUUCAUGAUAAAACUGCAGAUCCUGACCUGGUUAUUGUUGCUUUUAGAGGCACCGAACUUUUUGAUGCAGAUGCAUGGUGCACUGAUAUUGAUAUCUCCUGGUAUGAGCUUCCGGGCAUGGGAAAAAUACAUGGUGGUUUUAUGAAAGCAUUAGGGUUACUGGUUAAUCAAGGUUGGCGGAAGGAAAUUGAACCACAGGAAACAGACGAGUACCCAGUUGCGUAUUAUAUCAUCAGAGAAAAAUUGAGGACACUUUUGAACGAAAAUAGUAGAACAAAAUUUAUAUUAACAGGCCACAGCUUGGGUGGGGCUCUUGCAAUUCUCUUUCCAGCAAUUCUGGCAUUGCAUGAGGAGACAUUGUUGUUAAAGAGACUUGAAGGAGUGUACACUUUUGGGCAACCUAGGGUUGGAGAUGUGGAGUUUAAGAAGUUUAUGAAUAAACAGAUGGAUAAGUAUGAUUUUAAAUAUUUAAGGUUUGUUUAUUGUAAUGAUAUCAUCCCCAGGUUGCCCUCUGAUGACUCUACAUUUUUGUUCAAGCAUUUUGGGACAUGUCUUUACUUCAAUAGCUGUUAUCAAGGGAAGAUAGUUGAAGAAGAACCACACAAAAAUUAUAUCUCAGUGUUGGCGACGAUACCCAGAAUCCUGAUUGCGUUUUGGGAGCUUUUAAGAAGCUUUAUUCUUCCAUACAAAGAGGGACAGGAGUAUUACGAAAGUUGCUGGCUGAAAUUGGUGAGAAUUGUUGGACUGGUACUUCCGGGUUUAGCAGCUCACAAUCCCCAGGAUUAUGUUAAUUUAUCUCGACUGGGUUCUCCUUCUAUAUACGUCAAGCUUCAAGAAUAUUCGAUAGAGGUCUAAGUUUAUCUCCAGAUGGAACUGAGUUUGAAGAAUAUUCGAAAGCCAUCGCAAAAUAAACACAAUUGAAGGGAGUACAGAAGACUAGCCCUCCUAACAGUUAGGAAUUAAGAUUUUAUUGAGA